CUGAAGAAAAAAUGACUAAAUUAGAAUUUUUGUUGGUUUUGGCACUCUUUAGUAGCAGUUACGCUAAGGUAACUCUUCCACCGGAGCUUCAGGAAUAUGUAGACGAUUUACACAAAUUGUGUCUGGAUAGAAGUGGACUCACAGAAGACCACCAUUCAGCUUACGAUAUAAAACACAAGGACCAACAUAUGAUGUGUUACAUGAAGUGCCUUAUGUUGGAAUCGAAAUGGAUGAAACCGGAUGGCACAAUUGAUUACGAUUUUAUAGAAGCACAAGCUUAUCCAGAAGUCAAAGAUUUAUUGAUGGCUGCAAUAAAUAAAUGUCGACAAAUUGACGCUGGCGCCGAUUUAUGUGAAAAAUCGUACAAUUUCAAUUAUUGCCUUCAUCUUGCUGAUCCUGAGAACUGGUUCUUGGUGUAAUGUUGGAAUCACUGUAUAUCGGAUUG